AUGACUGUCCAGUGCAAAUGUGGGAGACUUAUACACUCCGCCCCACUUUAUCAACAACCACAACAACAAAUUGACGAAAAUAUAUAUGAAACUCAACAAAAAAUUGACGCCAAAGGUAUUAGUAAUAAUACACAUGACAUACAAGAGGGUGGUGGGUACUGCCCUCCUUCUGUUCCCUUACAAGAACAGAAAAAUUACCCAUCCCUUCCCAUAGCUGAAAACAAAUUUGAAUUUAACAACUUUGUGUUUUUAGACAGUCAGCCUUAUCAAGUUGACACCACGGAGAGUGAUCAACAUGUAAACAACGAAAACGAUGUUUUAGAAAAAGCAACAGAAACAAAGAAAACGUUACAAACAAAUGAAAAGAAAGCAAAGAGCGAAAAAGUUAAAAAACUCGAAGCAGAAAAGCUUAAAAAUGAACAGAAAAAAGCCCAAUUAUUAAAAGAAAAGAAAGAACUUUUAGAUGCCAAAGAGUUGCUCAAAGAAAGUGACGACUUUGAAAAAGCGACGUUUGAAAGUCAAAUUGACGAGAAUGUAUUACACAUAUUUAAGAAGUACAAAGUGAAAAUCUCUCCAAUACUUCCUGUUGCUUUAGUCAACCAAAUUGACGUGAAUUUGGUCACAAACGAGAAGAUGGCAAAUUUAGUGAUGGACAGCCUUGUCUCCAAUUUUGUUUCACAACUUUAA